AUGAAGACAGGGAAGAAGGGGAGGGAAGCGAAGAAGGGGAAGGGGAGGAAGGGCGCGAAGCUGCAUGGCCUAGGACCCGUUUACACUAAGGAAGCGUGGAAGGAGCAUGAGGCCUGGGGGGACGAUGGACGGCUGAGAUUGAACCUAGUGAGACGAUCAGACUCGCCAUUUCUACUGGACACGGGGUACCGCCCGGGUCCGUAUGCUACGGGCUUAGGGAGCCAAGCACCCACCAACAGCGGUGUGCCGACAGGAGGGAGGAGAAAAAGCAGCAGCAGCAGCAGCAGCGGCGGCGGCGGCGGCGGUGGCGGCUCUCGGCAGUUGGGACAUUCACAUGGCACCAGAAAGCAUCGCCGGUCCAAGCAGCAAGGCUCAGCAGCAGAGCAGCAGCAGCACCACGACAAGCACUCACACGAGUCAAACGAGUCAAGCGAGUCAAGCCAGCAGCAGCAGAGGCGGCGGUCAGCGCUGGGCAAGUCUGCGGUGUUUGAGACAGUGGCGCCCUUCACCACGUCGAUGCUGGCUGAGGCUGUAGACGGCAUGCUGGGCACCGUGGGAGGCAGCUUCAGCAAGGAGAGUGGGUACUACGUGGCGCUGGACUUUGGGUCGGAGCAGCAGACGUUCUGGUUGCAGAUCGACACCACCACACCUGUCUCCUGGCUCUCCUGCGACUGCACGCAGUGCUCCACUGGUUUCACCACCGGCCCUGCGUCCCCCCCAUUCGACCCAGCAGCAUCCAAGACCAACCUGCCACUCACGUGUGCGGACAAGACCUGUGUCAGCAUGUCCUUCAUCUCUGGAACCGCAGCGGUGGGGUGCGGUAUGGCGCGGUCGCUGCCGGGGGACCCGGACGCGUGUGAGUACGCGCAGCGGUACGGCACGACUGCCAGCGGAGGGAGCGGUGUGAGCGGCGUGACUGCGGGGACGACUGAAGGGAGGUUGCUGUACGAUAUCGUGUGGCUGCCGCUAAGGAAUGGGACGCUGUCCAAGACAUAUGUCAUCUUUGGCUGUGGCAGCUACCAGACGGGAAGCCUAUCGGGUGUCUCUCGGGCGCCAGACGGGGUGUUUGGGCUGGGACGGGGCAUCCAGUCGAUCGUCUCAGUGGCAGCAGCGCAGGGCGUGUGGGCGGACACCUUCGCCCUGUGCCUGGAGGGCGACCCCUACGCCAAGGGCAGCUACGUGGUGCUGGGCACGAGCCUGGGGCCCACUGGCGCGCAGUGGACCACCUUCAUUGAGAUCACUGACAGUCCGCUCUAUUUCAUCCACAUCAAGGGCGUGUCAGUAGCAGGCACGCUUCUAUCCAUCCCUCCGCGCAACUUCCGCCCGCCCACCCCAACGGGAGAGGGCGGGGCCGUGCUGGACUCCUCCACCACCUUCACGGAGCUCCCAGGGGACGUGUUCCACGCACUCAUCACCGCGGUGGUUGAGACGGUGGGAGGGUUCACGUUCAGCAAUAAGGACUCAGCUUCGCACAGCCUCAUGUGCUAUGUCAACAAGGACAUUGCCACCAAUGACCCUUCAGCGUUCUACCAGCGCUUUCCAACCGUCACGCUGCAUCUAGCAGGCGAUGCAGAGUUCCUGGUCCUCCCUCAGACCUACCUCCUUGCAUCGCCACCUGACGGCCUGGCAUGCUUUGCAGUAGCCAGAUCGCCCUCCCUCAGAACCGUGCUCGCAGAGUCAUGGCUGCGCAACAAGUACAUCUGGAUCGAGCGGCAGAAGGGUGUCAUGGCAUGGACCGAUGUCAACUGCACAACCAAUGAGCCUCUUGUUGCCACGCCACCUCCAACUGCCGCCCCUGCUCCUCCUCCUCCUGUCAUCCGCCUCCCCUCCCCCUCGCUCUCCCCCCCUCCUCUCCUCGUUGCUGCCCCCAGCCCUCCUCUCAUGCCCUACCUUCCCCCAACUCACGGAUCCAUGCGUCCCCUGUCACCUCCCCCUGUUGCCUCCUCCCCUCCCCCCGUUGCCUCUCCCCCUCCCCCCAUUGCCUCUCCGCCUCCCCCUCUUGCUUCUCCCCCUCCCCCCGAUUCCUCCCCUCCGCCUCCCCCUCUUUCCCCUCCCCCUCCUCCGCCCUACCCGCCCCCAGAAUCUCCCCCGCCUGCCUUCCCCCCGCCCGCCCCCUCCCCUCCUCCCCCCUCCCCUCCUCCCCCUUCCCCUCCUCCACCCUCCCCUCCUCCCCCCUCCCCACCUCCCCCCUCUCCUCCUCCCCCUUCCCCUCCUCCUCCAUCCCCUCCUCCCCCAUCCCCUCCUCCCCCUUCUCCCUCCCCUCCUCCCCCUGACCUCUUCCCCCCUCCCCCCGGUCUCUCCCUCCCCCCGUUCCUGAUCGCUGCCCCCAGCCCUCCCCUCGACCCCACGCUCCGCCCCACCCACGGCUCUAUGCGUUCCCCACCUAUCGCCCCUCCCCCGCCUGACGCACCAGCAUCAUCCCUCAAUCCACCGUCCCUGGAUUCACCACCAUCCUCUCCCCCGGAACCCUGCACAUCUGUCUCUGUCUCGGACUGUGACUGUUUCUUUGAAGGCAACGACGGGUCGAUCCCCUCUUUCCCUCUCGCUUCCGCUCUCCCGGACUCUCCUCUCUCGCCUAAUCUCCUCUGUAGGCUCGGGUUUGGGGGUGGGGGAGCAGGAGGGGGGAGCGGAGGGGAUGGGAGUGGGGGGGAGGCGGGGGCACCUGCUGCUGCGGACAUGGGAGGGGGAGGGGGAGGGGAAAGCUUUAAUGUGGGAUCGGCGAAUGUGAAUAAAGUGGAGGUGGUGUGUGGGGGCAGUGGAGCACAAGUGGAUGCUAGCAAUCAGUUCUACUUUGUUGGCCCGCGGCUGGCAGCGCGGACCUUCCAGCCGCCCUUGGGGUCAGCAGUGUACGCGGGAGCAACGCUGCGAGUCACCUUCUCUUCCAUGCAGCUCUCCUCUGCUUCCAUGCAACUCAACCUCAACGCUGGAGAUCCCACCGCUGCUGUAGCUCUUGCCGAGGACCGCCGCUGCGCGCUCUUCUCCCUCUCCUGA